AUGUCUGAAGUUCAUGGAGACUCAGAGCUCGUCUCACCGGGCCCUGAGCUAGAUUAUCCUCUUGCUCUUGCUCCGCGACAGGUGAUUUUGCGAGAUCGGGUUACGGUUGCAACUCUGGUUCCAUUUGCCUCAGCGGAGCAAGUACCCCGGGCCCUAAUGAAGUAUCUCUCUGAUCAAUUCAACAAAGAGAUUGAAAAGGGAGAUACAUAUGCCAUGACAGAACCUAUUCCAUUGGCCCAGUUCGGACGAUAUUGGUUCUCGACCUUUGGUGUGGUCAUGCUCACUGGCGAAAUCGAGAGUGCCGAGCAGACACAUGCCAUGGACCGUGCCGGAGCCAACUGGAAUAAGAUCUGUCUAGGUGGGUUUCACAUUCGGCCUAACUACCCUGGUCGUAGUAGCCAUGUCUGCAACGGUACAUUCAUCGUCACUGAUGCUGCUCGAAACAAGGGCGUGGGUAGGCUAAUGGGUGAAUCAUAUCUGGAGUGGGCGCCUCGACUAGGCUAUACAUACGCAGUCUUCAACCUGGUCUAUGAGUCUAACGUUGCAUCAUGUCGGCUGUGGGAUUCCCUUGGCUUCAAACGGAUUGGUCGAGUCCCCGGUGGAGGCAGUAUCAAAUCCCAGCCUGGGGAGUUUGUUGAUGCAAUCAUAUAUGGGAGAGGUCUCAGCUUGGAUGGCGAGGACUCGGUGUCCCAGGACCGCUUUGAGAAGAUCCGAUAUUAUUUGAAGCAUGCCAAAUAUCCCCGUGGUGCUGAUCGGGCCGAGAAGAGUCGACUUCGCAGUGCGGCAACUCAUUAUAAACUUAUUGGCGGAGAUGAUGGUGAGCCUGAGAGGCUGAUGCUGAAGGAUAAAGAGGUGGUAUCAGACCCACAGCAGCAGUACGAUAUUGCCCAAGAAGUACAUCUCAAGCAGCAUGCCGGAAUCAACAAAACCACGGCAGCUAUCGCGAUCAAAUACCACUGGGUAAGAAUCAAAGAAACCGUCAAUCGCGUGAUUCGAGAUUGCCCCCAGUGCAAAGAGACUCUCAAGGCGCCUCCCAUUCCAGGGGCCAAAGAUGAUGAUCAUUCGCCCUCGGAGACAAUGUCUGGCAUGGAUAUGGAUAGUGCUAUGGAACAAAUCUCGAAGGAACCAGUAAAUAUUCCGCAACCCAUGGACGAAGCACCCGACGAGCCUCAAAGUUACAAUCCUCUCAUGCACCAACCCAUUCCUGCUGCCGUGCCCAGCACGGUACACUCCAUGGCUGGGUUUACACCCAUGCCUCUCGACCCUCAAAUCAUGCAAAUACAGCAACAAUUGCGACGCUACCAACAACAGAACCCGAUGGCGGGUCAAUAUGCACCGGGGCCACAGAACGUGGGCAUGUCGAGCUUUGACGAUGCAAUGCGCUAUCACACAGCAAGCAACGCCUAUCAAAUGAUGGUCGAUGACGGCUCGGAUCCAUUCAGACAAGACGUGCUUGGGCUUGUGAAUCCACCGCCUCACGAGUUACAACAUGAUGCCGAGUUACUCGCCAAGUUCGAGUAUGGGAGUCCAUCGGACGGGAAUUACGACUUUACGUGA